AUGCGAUGUCUGAAAUGUGCAGAUGCUCCAUGUCAAAAAAGUUGCCCAACCCAAAUAAACAUCAAGUCGUUUAUCACGAGUAUUGCUAACAAGAAUUACUAUGGAGCCGCUAAACAGAUAUUCAGCGAUAAUCCACUUGGUCUCACAUGUGGUAUGAUAUGUCCGGUAUCAGAUCUCUGUGUCGGAGCGUGUAACUUGCAAGCCAGUGAAGAAGGAGCAAUUAAAAUUGGCGGCUUACAGCAAUUUGCUACAGAUGUGUUUAAAAAGAUGAAUAUUAAGCAAACAGUGCCAGAGUCGGUUAUUAAAGCUCGCAAUGAAAGUCAUCGACAGCCUAUUGCACUAUUAGGGUGUGGUCCAGCAAGUCUGUCUUGCGCUACGUUCCUCUGUCGGCUCGGCUACACAGAUGUUACAAUUUAUGAGAAGAAAGAUUACUGUGGCGGACUGAGCUCAUCAGAAAUCCCACAGUUUCGGUUGCCUUAUACGGUUGUUGAUUUUGAGAUUCAGCUAGCAAAGGAUAUUGGUGUUAAGAUUGUAACAGGUCGAGAGUUGCAUAAAAACGACUUAACUUUAAAAAAAUUAAAAAAUGAAAUGGGUGCGAAAGCAGUAUUUAUCGGCAUUGGUAACCCAGAUCCUAAGCGUAAUGCAGUCUUCAAAGGUCUUGAUUCAAGUCAUGGCUACUACACUUCUAAGGACUAUCUGCCAUUAGUAUCGGUAGCGAGCAAAGCAGGGUUGCAUAAGGGAAAUGCCGAAUUACCAGAAAUGAAGGGUCGGGUAGUCGUCCUUGGCGCUGGCGAUACAGCGUUAGACUGCGCAACUGCAGCUCUCAGAUGUGGAGCUGAUAGAGUAACUGUGGUUUUCAGGAAAAGUCUGAAUACAAUGCGAGCUGUUCCAGAAGAGAUAGAAACUGCCAAGGAAGAACGUUGUGAGUUCAUACCGUAUAUGGAACCCAGAAAAGUGCACAUGAAGGACGGUAAAAUCGUUGCGGUCGAAUUCCAAAAAACCGAUCAAGAUUUAGAUGGUAAGUGGUACGAUGACGGAGAUCAAACUGUGAAAAUAAAAGCUGAUUACGUGAUCAGUGCGUUCGGAUCGACACUACAUGAUCAAGCUGUUUCGGAUGCGAUGCAACCGUUGAAGCUUACUAAAUCGGGUGCACCAGAAAUAUGCAAAGAUACUUACAGAACCAGUGAACCAUGGGUCUUCUGUGGAGGUGAUGUGAGUGGCGUUGCUGAAACCACAGUUGAGGCAGUCAAUGACGGUAAAGUUGCAGCUUGGGGUAUUCAUAAAUACCUCCAGAGCCUUUGUGGAAAUGAUGUUGGUAAUGAGCCGAAACUUCCUGGGUUCCACACACCAAUUGACGAUGUUGAUAUAUCUGUGAAUCUCUGCGGUCUAAAGUUCGAAAAUCCGUUCGGGCUUGCAUCGGCGCCGCCGUCUACAUCGGGAGCCAUGAUUCGCCGAGCAUUUGAACAAGGGUGGGGAUUUGCGUUGACAAAAACAUUUGGACUUGAUAAGGAUCUGGUGACUAAUGUAAGUCCUCGAAUUGUACGAGGCGACAUUAGUGGGCCAGUUCACGGACCACAUCAAAGCGCAUUCAUGAAUAUCGAAUUGAUUUCUGAAAAGACUAUUGCAUAUUGGGUGGAAUGUAUCAAGGAAUUAAAACGCGAUUUUCCAACGAAAAUAGUCAUUGCAUCCAUUAUGGCCAGCUUCAAUGAAGCUGACUGGAAAGAGUUGGCGACAAGAGCUCAAGACGCAGGAGCUGAUGCUUUGGAACUUAACUUGUCAUGCCCUCACGGUAUGGGGCUGGCUUGUGGACAGGAUCCGAACAUGGUGCGUCAGAUCUCUCAGUGGGUUCGGUCUGUCACGAAAAUGACUCCAAAUGUCACUGAUAUUCGUGAUAUUGCUCGUGCAGCCAAAGAAGGCGGUGCUGAUGGUGUUACGGCUACGAACACAGUGUCAAGCUUAAUACAUCUGAAAGGAGAUGGUACAGCAUGGCCGGCUAUAGGUGAAGAAAAAAGGACAACGUAUGGUGGUUUGAGUGGUAACGCUAUUAAACCAAUAGCUCUUCGAGCGGUGUCUGCAAUUGCGAAUGCCCUUCCAGGAUUCCCAAUACUUGCUACCGGAGGUAUUGAAAGUGCAGCGACGGGAUUGCAGUUCUUGCAUGCUGGCGGUAGCGUACUGCAGGCAAAUUUUUCUAAUUUAAAGAUUUUCGGACUCAAAUACGAUGUUUGUUCUGCUGUACAAAAUCAGGACUUUACCGUAAUAGACGACUACUGCACAGGAUUAAAGGCUCUUCUUUACAUAAAAGGCACUCCAGGAUUUGAAGACUGGGAUGGCCAAAGUCCUCCAGUAAAAAAACACCAAUUGGGCAAACCAGUAUUAGCAACAAAUAAGAGCUUACCACACUUUGGUCACUAUCGAGAGGAUCGAGCCAAAAUUGAAAGAGAAAUUCUUGAAAAUGCAAAUUUAUUAGAUAAAUCACAGCACGACUUUGCUACACGACCUACAAAGCAACCAGUGAAGAUUCCGUCAGUAAAUGAAAUAAUUGGGACUGCAUUACCUCGCAUUGGGUCUUACGGGCAACUUGACAAUAAGCAACAGAAAGUUGCUUUGAUUGACGAGGAUAUGUGUGUUAAUUGUGGUAAAUGCUACAUGACUUGUAACGACAGCGGUUAUCAGGCAAUAACGUUUGAUAAAGCCACACAUCUGCCAUUUGUUACUGAUGACUGCACCGGGUGCACCUUGUGUUACAGUGUUUGCCCAAUUUCCGAAUGUAUUCAAAUGGUUAAACGAACUACACCACAUGUUCCGAAUCGAGGAAUACCACCAAAAAGUUAA